UUUGCCGAAAAGGCAACCUCCCGCACUCGUGCACUCGUAUCACCUUGACUCUUGAGACAUCAACUUUGCCAUAUUAUAACUGUUUCGGCUUCUCAUGUGAGAGCCAAGGAAUCAUCGUACGAAUUUGUGACAAAUGUUACUCGAAACAAUGGUGAUUUCGAUGUAAUCAACGUCCUCCUCGUUCCCCUCGUCCACUUUCUCAACGAUUUCAUGACGCAACCACGACGUCAUGCCCAGAGACUCCCAACGAGUUAUAAGUGACAAGCCAUUCGCACUUAACUCCUUAUUUCUCAGCUUUUCGCUAUGAGUACAGAAAUCAAGCUUGUCAAAGUUCCCGAGGUGGUUGAGGCGGCAAUGGCGACCUUCACCCCUAUCAACAACAUUCAACAACAUCUUAGCGCAUUCCAUACAUAUGCACAAGACCAUACGCGUCAUGUAGAGUCUCACCAUUUUUGCAGCCACCGCUCAAAGGAUUUUCAUCAGUGCGUAAUCUACGACUCCGACGCACCUGAUGCUAGGUUGAUCGGCAUCGAGUAUAUUGUGUCUGAACAGAUUUUCAAGUCGCUUCCAGAAGAAGAGAAGAGGUAUUGGCACUCACACAAGUACGAGGUGGAAAGCGGGAUUCUUUGCCUCGAGACGAAAGGCUUUGUUCCCAGUGUCAUGAACGACACAGCGGAGCAGCCAGUUAUGCUGCAUUUGCAUCAGACUUAUGGAAAGACCAUUCAUACGUGGGCUUUCGACGAGUUUCCUGAACUGCCACUUGGACCUCCUCAUCUUAUGAUGUCUUUCACUGGCGAUAACCAAACCAGCGACGAGGCCGUCCGUCUCCGGGAUGAGCGCUCUAAGAUCUCGUCAUCAGCAAAGAAGAAGCUUCGUGAAGGCUAUUUGCCGCCUUAUCAGAAGGAUAACAAAGCGGAUCAAUGGGAAGCGAGUGGUACAGGUAUAACGUUCAAGUCAGAGGAAACUCGAAUUCAGAAGUAAGAUCGUGCAAACAUUUGAUUGGAAACGUCGGCGUACAAUUGCAGCUUGUAUUAGUAUCAUGAUCAACUAGGCAUGUAAAUUUUGACAAUUUAAAGUCAAG